GGUUUUGGGAGGGGACAGCAAGGGAAGGUCCUUCCUGCCUCUAGGGACCCAGACUUCCGCUUUCUGCAGACAGCAGCAGGCUCUGGGCUCUGGGAAUCCACUGCUGUCUGGCCUAGAAGCAUCAUAGAACACGAGGAUUCCAUACACAGGAGGCCCCUGAAGCUGAGCUGAUGAAGACACAGUGGAGUGAGAUCUUGACACCCCUGUUGCUGCUGCUCCUGGGUUUGCUCCAUGUCUCCUGGGCCCAAAGCAGCUGUACUGGGUCCCCUGGCAUCCCUGGGGUCCCUGGCAUCCCUGGGGUCCCUGGCUCUGAUGGCAAACCAGGCACUCCAGGGAUAAAAGGAGAGAAAGGGCUCCCCGGACUGGCUGGAGACCAUGGUGAGUUAGGAGAGAAAGGGGAUGCAGGGAUCCCUGGGAUCCCAGGCAAAGUUGGCCCCAAGGGUCCCGUCGGCCCUAAGGGUGCUCCAGGCCCCCCUGGACCCCGCGGUCCCAAAGGUGACUCUGGAGACUACAAGGCUACCCAGAAAGUAGCCUUCUCUGCCCUGAGGACGGUCAACAGCGCCCUGCGACCAAACCAGGCCAUUCGCUUUGAAAAGGUGAUCACCAAUGUUAAUGAUAACUACGAGCCGCGCAGUGGCAAGUUCACCUGCAAGGUACCUGGCCUCUACUACUUCACCUACCACGCCAGUUCCCGCGGGAAUCUGUGUGUGAACAUCGUGCGCGGCCGCGACCGAGACCGCAUGCAGAAAGUUCUCACCUUCUGCGACUAUGCCCAAAACACCUUCCAGGUCACCACGGGUGGGGUAGUCUUGAAGCUGGAGCAGGAAGAGGUUGUUCACCUGCAGGCCACAGACAAGAACUCCCUGCUGGGCGUCGAGGGAGCCAAUAGCAUCUUCACUGGCUUUCUGCUUUUCCCUGACAUGGAUGUAUGAUCACGGGGUCAAAUCACUCCUAUCCAAAACCUCCUCCCUGCCAGUAAUCCUCCCUGGACCCCUGACACUGCCCUUUGACUGCCCAAAGCCCUGACCAGAGCCCUGUAGAUGUUACAGAAUGGGUAAAUAAACUCUUCAAGGCCAAG